GAAGCGCAGGAUGAUGAUGACGAUGCAGAAAGGGCAAUGAUCGCCGCCGGGGAACACCUUCUUGAUUCCAUCGAGCGAGGAGAGGAUCCCGGAGACUUGUUUGGACCACCGGAUUUAUCGCUAGAUCCUUUGGAAGGCAUGGAAGCCACACCCUCUGUUGAUUUGCAAGAUCCUGGAGCCCCAAGACCUCCGGGAACCGCUCUAGAGCGUUUCAGCGAAGAGGUCCACCAGAGAGUGCUAGGAGCAGACCUCGACGAUGGUCUCAAGUUACCUUGGGAACAAGGGAUUUUUGCAUGCAUUUUUGGGGAUGAAGAUCUGGUCCCAUUGCCUUCGGUGCCAAAGGUCAAGCACAGCAUCAACCCCAAUGACUACCCUACAGCUCACCCUGAGCCAGUCGAAGUAGGCACAGCAGUGAAGCGGGAAAAAGCCCUGCAUACUGGACCUCGCUUGUAUGAGAGGGUGAUCUCUUUUGGUGUCACCAUGACUGAUCCUGAGCUUGACCAUGCAAGGUGGAAUCGCGCAUUGGAGAAACUUUUCACCGUUUUCACUUUGAGCCCCAUGAGCAAACCAGACGGCCUUGUGUUGGACGAUGAGGACAUGCUAAAGAAUUUCGAGCGCAUCAGACAGUUGUGCGGCGCACGCAGUGCAAAUACCAUAUUGAAGAGGGCAAACAGUCUUCUGGCCUUCUGCUCAUGGCACAAGCAAUAUUAUUACGGUAAAGAUGCUUUCCCUUUGAGUUCAGAGUAUGUGGCAGGCUAUGUUUGGGAAAGGCACCAGGACGGAGUUCCAUAUAGCAAUCUCAUUGCCUUUGUGGAAUCAUUGAACUUCGCCACCCACGUUUUGAGCCUACCCAUGAUUGUCGUCCAGAACUUCUUUCUGGAUGUUGACAUCGUGGAUGGGAAGAGUGUGGGCUUUGUAGAGUUCCGCACUUUCAGCCACAAAACUGCGUCGCAGGUGGCCAAGCAUGGCCUUCCUAUGCCAUUAGUGGCGCCAAUUUGGGGCCUGACCGCUCCGCCAUGGGGCAUAGCUUGGAAGGUUGUGGCCGACGAAGCAAAUCUUUCUUUUGGAGAUUUCAGUCAAGGACCACUAUUACCAGCGCCCACGAAGCUGGGAAUGUGGGGCAUGCGCAGCACCAGCAGCACUGAAGCCACAAAGUGGCUGCUAGAGAUUCUCUCCAAGCAGUUUGACUCUUUAGAGGACGUUUCAUCACACUCAUUGAAAUGCACCUGUCUCAGUUGGAUGGCGAAGGCAGGGGGCGACCCCAAUCAUCGCCUCAUCCUAGGGCACCGCAGCACUGGCAAAGCCUCAUUGGAAACGUAUUCUCGCGAUAUGCUUUCUGCGCCACUACGAGCAUUAGAAGAGAUCUUGCGACAAGUUCGGGUAGGAGCCCUGCACCCAGACCGCACUAGGUCGGGACAUGUCCAGUCUGCCAACAAAGAUGAUUGCAGAGAGACUGCGCAGAGAGGGGUCCAAGAAUCUUCAGACUCCUCCUCAAGCAGUUCAAGCUCAACAAGCUCUGACGACUUAUCGUCCGGGCCCGAGGAUGAGGCAGGCCACUGGACUCAGUUGGCCAAAAGCCACCAGUCGGAUCAAGGACCAACCUGGGACAACAAGAACAUGUUUCAGCACCGCCAGAGUCGCAUCAUCCAUCUCGAGGCUGAUUCUGAAAAAGAACAAUUCUUUUGUGGCAUCCACAGGGAGGCAACCUCCCUCAUCCAUUCGAAGGAUGCCUUAGAAGACCGAGCAAGGAAAGCAGGCAUGAUGGCUGAUGAAAUCCCAGGCCCUAUGCUCGAGGCGGUUAAGUUCAAUUCCUUGCAGAGCCCUGAAGCGGUAGCAAAACAUAGAUCAGAGACGAUCAGGCGUUUGAUCAGCAUGGCCAACACUUUGGACCGCUCAGAGGCAAAGCUAAAAAGUGAACUUCCCGAAAGGCGUAGGGAAGUGCUUGGCAAGAAAAGGCUCCUUCUGUUCAAAGCGUUGCUUGAAGAAGCUGGGUCGGCAGACAACAACCUUGUUGAUGAUAUUUGCAGGGGCUUUGAUCUAGUCGGCAGGCUGCCAGAAUCUAACUAUUUUGAGAAACGCUUCAAGCCAGCGAACCUCGCACCUGCAUCGCUUCGAGAGGUUGCCGAGAAGGCGAGGGUUGCGCUGCUUGGCAGUGUGCAGAGCUCUGGACAGCCCGGCCUUGACUCCGGGGUCUAUGAGGCCACUCUCAAAGAAAGAGAGAAGGGAUUCCUGGUGGGGCCUGUCGCAGCGGACACCAUCCCGGAGGGCGGAACGCUGACUCGCCGCUUUGGCGUUAUACAGCGAGAUAAAGUCCGUCCAAUUGACGACUACAGGUCCAGUCUGGUCAACGCUGCAGUAGCCCAACCUGAAGCUGUAUCCUUGCACGGCAUAGACCAUGUGGCUUGCCUUGGAUCCUGCAUCCUGCGCAGCUCAUCCCCGGGUACUCCAGAUGAAGGCCUGGAAGCCAAGUGUUGGGAUUUAGCAGCUGCCUAUAAGCAAGCAAGGCAGACAGAGCUGACCGAGACCAUUGCAGCUAUCCUCAAGCGAGGAAACCUGACCAGGGUGGAAGGUGAGAAGCUCAGAGGUAGGCUGCAAUUUGCGUCCAAUCAGCUCUUUGGACGGCGCUUCCGAAAUUGCCUCACAGCUUUGAACACUCAUGUGAAGCAAGGGUCCAGACACGUUUCACAUGACCUACGGGCUGCUUUGACACUCAUGUCAAAACUCCUGGGCCUAAACAGGCCUAGGUUGGUAGACGUCAAUUUCUUGGAAUGGGUGCACCUCUAUGUAGACGCUUCAUACGAACAAGGUGAGAAGGGUGGAGUUGGAGGUGUCCUCUAUGACUCUCAAGGGAAUUGCCUUGGUUUCUUUAGUGAGCCAGUGUCCUCAGAGUUGGUCAGUAAAAUCAAAAGAGCGGACCAAGAAACCAUUAUCUUCGAGUUGGAAGGCCUCGCCGUCGCGACUGGUUUGGCCUUGUUCAAAGACUUAUUGCGUGGAAAGCGCUUGGUCAUCUUUACUGACAAUCAGGCCGUGCAAUCUUGCUUGAUCAAGAGUAAACCCUCCAACAAGCACAUGGACCUGGUGAUCAGGUUUAUCUGCUCCACGGAGGAAGAGCUUGACGUCAUGUCUUGGGUAGAACGUGUACCUAGUCAAUCAAAUCCAGCGGAUGUCUUUUCGCGUGAAAUAGUAGAGUUCUUUGAAGGUCUGAAGAAGUCCCAGGUUAACUUGGAGGAGAUGUGGGAUAAAAGCUUGAAGGAAGCUUGGGCAGAAAGUCUGUACACGGGGGAGUGGUUCUAUGCCCUGAUGCAAGCUCGAGUUGCCAUUGAACGCUACAUUCAUGAGCACCAUCACUUGCCGCCGAUC